AUGACGAAGAAAAAUUGGGAAUCUUUGAUCCACGACACUAGGUUGUCUGCUUCGUACACGUCAUGCAGUGCAGUGAACCCAGCAAGAACUAUCCUUAACUCACUGCAGGAAGUCAUCAAAUUUGAUAGAACUACAUCUCAGCCGUCUCUUCGACAUAAAUCAUUUAGACUUAAACAGCUAGACGAUGGAGUUGUAGGAGGCUUGUUUGGACAUUUUCACGAUGGGACCUUGGUCGUCCAAGGUAUUGGUAUACAAACUGAUUCCAAUCCGUCAGUGUCAAGUUUCUUGAAGAAUGUACCUUCAGAAGUAGAACUUUGCGGUGGGUUUACCACUGGGGACAAGGUUGAAGAGGCACAACAUUGUUUUUCCCAAUUUAUUUUACAGAGUGAAGGCAAAGUCGCAUUUCCUCUUCUUCUAAGUUGCGUGAAGAAUGAAUUGAAAGCCCAUUUUCUACUAGAUGGGUCUAUUUCAGGAGUUAAAUACUCUACAGCCACAAACGCUCAAAUUGCCUCUGCCUUCAUUUAUUUUCGCACCAAGGCAGAAUUUGUUAUUGAUGCAGAAACAACUCAACAAGGCAUCAAAGUCGCACUUGCAAACUUCAGGCAAAAGGUUUUAUCUAAUGAUGUUGCCUUUCUCCUCCCAUCAAACCGUUUGUUUCUGAUGGGGGCAACGAGUCAAAAAGUUUCUGGGGUGCCUGGAAUCACUGCUGAUCACAAGAUAAAAGAUCUUCUUGAUUCUGAACAUGACAAUAAAGAAUAUGACAUCUUACUGGCUCACAUGCACCUUAAGGGGACUAAGGAACAGGGAAAAGAAUAUGUUCAAAGUAUUGCUCCACUUCUCCGACAUGUGAGACGUUCUUUUGAAACGGCGAAUAUAGUAGUGAAAAUAGAUGUUCUGUCACAAGUUCAUCGGAAUGCUAAAGUAGGAAGUCUAUGUAAUGUUUUAUCCAAAUCCGUUCUAUGUGGACUGAGGCUAGUUGAAGAAAGCUUAUCACAUCAAGUUUCUUCAGACAAGCAAAACAUUUCCAAUCCUGAGAUGUACCAUUUCCUUCCAGUGCAAUCCAGCCUCUUUAUUUCAGCCAUGUACCCCAAAAGUUCAUCUGAUGCCAAUUUGAAGAGGCAGCGUGAACUUCUGCACCAAAGUUUUGGAUAUGCCCUUGACCAACCACUUUUCCGUCGGUCUCAAUCUUAUAAAUUCCCAGAGGAGAGGGCUUCAGGGGGCCCCUUAACGAAUCCUCAUGAAGGAUUGAAUUCUGGAGUGAAAGAAGGACAGGCAUCUGUUGUAAAGGGCUUGUACAGCUACCAUCAUUACAUGCAGGACCGUUUCGAUGAUAAUGGUUGGGGCUGUGCCUACCGCUCAUUACAAACAAUUGUGUCAUGGUUUAGGUUGCAAGGAUAUACAGAAAUUAAUGUUCCCACUCAUAAGCAAAUCCAAGAAUGUCUAGUGAAAAUUGGUGAUAAGCCAUCCUCUUUCGUUGGUUCACGUAAAUGGAUUGGAUCAACAGAAGUGAGCUUUGUGCUGGAGACUAUGUUAGGUGUCACCAGCAAAAUAUUAACUGCUAGCACGGGUGAGGAGGUCGGAAGUUUAGGUUCUGAACUUGCUUACCAUUUUCAAACACAUGGCACACCGAUUAUGAUAGGUGGAGGAGUUCUUGCACACACAAUUAUAGGUGUGGACUUCAACCGCUCGACUGGGGAAAUCAAAUUUCUAAUAUUGGACCCGCACUACACAGGAGGAGAAGAUAUUGCAACCAUUACAAGUAAAGGAUGGGUAGGGUGGAAGGACAAUAAGUUCUGGACAAAAAAUGCUUUCUACAACUUGUGUCUCCCACUAAGACCCAUAGGUGAUAUUUAAGUCACAAGAAAUACGUGACCAAGUGGUUUUAAGCAUCAUUGCCAAAUUUUGUGUGAACUGUCGGUCACCUCUGCUGCAUUCUUGGCUUGCGUCAGCCUUCAAUUUUUAAUUUUUGUCAAGGAAUAAUCAAAAUAUAUCAUUUUUUAAAAA